AAAGUUUUUGUGUUGAAAAAGAAGUUGCCUUUUUCAUUUCAGGAUUUCCCUGUGAUUCUUCAAACUUUUUUGCUCUCUGCUCUGCUUUUCCUAGUUUCUUGCCCAUCAACCCCUUUCUCUCUUUUUCUUGUGUGUUAGAACUGAUAAAGGGCAGAGCUUAAUUCCUACUUCUGAUUCUUUAUUUUUUUUGUUUUUAAUUUCUUUUCUGUGUUUUAGUUGACCCUUUCUCGAUGUUAUUGUUUUCUCCAUGAAGUGUGGUUCAUGGAGGUAGAUAGUGAAGAGUCCAGAAAAUAAGAAUCCAAGCUUGGGACAAGUCCUGUGAUUUUAGAUGGGCGGCAUGGUGACUUUUGCUAUGUAGAUAGUGAUUUCAAUGGAGGAGAUGUAUGGGGCGGUUGCGGUGCCAUUUAGGGUAGGUAAUUCGAUCUUUGACAAUCUAAGUGUGGAGAGUUGUAUGGAUGUAAUGAACUUGUUGAUGGCUAGCCAAGAAAGCUCGUCUCCAGAGACUGUAACUAAAAGUAAUUCUGGGAAUGGUGACGAUGACGAUUGUCUUCUUGGUGAUUCGGGAAGUGAAGUUGGUUUCUCAGUGUCGUUGGGAUCUGUAGAGACUAGGACUGGAGUGUCUUCCAUGCUGGCUAUGACUUCAGAGGACGAAAGCAACUGGUUAGCUGUUGAUGCUGUUGUGCGCGAAAGUGAAGAAGACUGCUCGUCUUCAUUGGAGGGCGACCGCAUUCUUGAUAGCUCUUGCUCCUUGUCUGUGGUGAGUGAUACUAGUAGCCUAUGUGGUGAUGAUCUGUUAGCUUUUGAGACCAAUUCAGAGGUUGGAACGCAAUUUUUAGACAUCGAGAAGAGCAUCUGUGAUGCUGAACCUCUCCCGGGGACCAGAGAUUUGGGAGAACCGAUUGAGGGUACAGUUCUCGGUGAUCCUUUGUCUAUAGCUGUGUGCAAUAGGCACGAGAUUGCUGGUGGUGUCAGCACAAAAUCAUCUGAAGCUGAUGUUCAGUUGGAUAAAAGGCCAAGUGGAAAGGCUAGUCGAAGUGUUUUCGAGGUGGAUUAUGUGCCUCUCUGGGGUGUUAUAUCUGUGUGUGGUAGAAGACCGGAAAUGGAAGAUGCAGUGGCCACUGUGCCUCGGUUUAUGAGAAUUCCAAUCCAGAUGCUAAUUGGCGACUGUGUAAUUGAUGGAGUGACUUCCCGCUUAAGUCAUUUGACUGGCCAUUUCUUUGGAGUCUAUGAUGGCCACGGUGGCUCUCAGGUUGCUAAUUAUUGCAGAGAUCGGAUUCAUUCUGCCUUGACUGAGGAGUUGGAAAUUAUCAUGAACAACAUGAAUGAUGGGAGUGAUAAGGAUAAUUGUGAACAGCAGUGGAGAAGAGCGCUCACUAGAUGUUUCAUUAAGGUUGAUGAUGAGAUUGGAGGGAGAGCUAGACUUGAACCUGUUGCUCCAGAAACUGUUGGCUCUACUGCUGUCGUCACCAUAGUUUGUUCAUCACAUAUAAUAGUGGCUAACUGUGGUGAUUCAAGGGCUGUGCUCUGCCGUGGCAAACAACCGAUGGCCCUCUCCGUGGAUCACAAGCCUAAUCGGGAGGAUGAAUACGCAAGAAUUGAAGCAGCAGGAGGCAAGGUGAUUCAGUGGAAUGGACAUCGUGUCUUUGGGGUCCUUGCGAUGUCUAGGUCUAUUGGAGAUAGAUAUCUGAAACCAUGGAUAAUUCCAGAUCCUGAAGUAAUGUUUGUCCCCCGGGCUAAGGAGGACGAAUGCCUCAUUCUCGCCAGUGAUGGUUUAUGGGAUGUUAUGACAAAUGAGGAAGUUUGUGACAUCGCUCGUAAGAGGAUACUACUCUGGCAUAAGAACAACGGAGUGACACUCCCAUCAGAAAGGGGUGAAGGAAUUGAUCCCGCAGCUCAAGCAGCAGCCGAGUAUCUAUCAAACCGCGCACUUCAAAAGGGCAGCAAAGAUAACAUCAGUGUAGUGGUCGUAGACCUCAAGGCUCAAAGAAAGAUUAAAAGCAGAACAUAGCAUGAGAUAUAGCAUAUAAUCAUUUCUCAAUGUCCUACUAAAAUUUUCUUAUUCAGAAUAGAAUUCUCAUUUGGUCCAUGCCCAUCUGUUUUAUCCGAGGGCUAUAUAUAGCUUUACUAGAAUAGCAGUCAUAAUGUCUGUAGGGUAGCAUUACUACUCUGGAAGUCUUUCAGAGUCUGAAAGUUUUUAUUCCAAUUGCUGGUGAUGUAGCCUGGCUAUUUGAAGCAGAAAGUUGGACUCAUCACUCCGAGAAGCAGGGGCAUUAUCAUGCCUCCGAGUUUAAAGACUCUGCGAGGUGCAUCAGUUUAAGUUGUAUUAACAAUAUCUAGCUUUGCAGAAUGAAUGAAAUUCCUUUCUCAAAUUAUAAGAUAA